AUGGGCAAGACGAUCAUCCUCGCCGGCGCGCCAGACGCUGCCUCGCUGGACUGGUCGACAGUAGAGGAGACGGCCGUUACGGAGACAGUACGGCCAUGGGAGGCCGGUAUCCAUACCACAGACGUUGGCCCACAUAGUCACCCCGAGUGGCGCGUUGUGCCGGCCCAUGUGCCCGGCGCGGCCCCGCCAGAGCGACCGCAAACUCGUCCGGCGCUGGAGACUGCGCAGCCUCGUCUCAAGACGGAACAAAACGAGCAGCCACAGGCCACCAACGACAGCGUCUGGCACUUGUACGGCCGUGCUGCGUUCCUUGAUCUGACACAGGUGACCCAAGAGUCGACCCAACCGUCGACACAAGACGAUACACGGGACACCGGUAGUCGUGCGCCCUCCUCGCUGGACGAGGCAUCCCUUUCGUUCCGUCUGCCCAAUGCUCUUCCUCCGACGUCGCCUCAGCCGCCUCCAAUGCCAUCACUGCCGCCGUUGCCUUCACGACCACCGCAGACAGCAGCCUUCGUCUUAUCCCAAGAGUUCAUUGAACACUCGCUGGCUGUGCACGACGCACUGCCGUCGUCCCUACCGGCCUUUGACCCGCCUGCCGUGUACGAGACGGCGGCCAGCUUCGACGAGACGACCAUGUCUCUGUCUCUCUCGCAGCCCGAGCCGCUCUCGUUUUCGGCGUCACGCCUCCCGCCGCUUCCAGCCGACAUACCCCGCUGGCAGCCCCUAACACACCUGGCCGACGUGCCCAGCGCGGCGUACCUGCGGCGCAUGGCACCACAAACGGUGACGGUCAACCUUGUGGUGGCCAUUGUGUCUGUGGGCGUGCCUCGGGUGGUCGGCAACACCACCAACAGUCGCCGUCGGGACCGCCCGCCAACGUCCCUGGUGGAGCUCGUAGUCGGGGAUGAGACACGAUCCGGGUUUGGCAUGACCGUCUGGAUGGAUGGAGCUCAGUCGGCCGGCCCGUCGUCACUGGCAAUGCUUCUUCCGACCCUGGCACCCCACGAUGUCGUUCUCUUGCGGCACGUUGCCCUCCACGUUUUUGGCGACAAGGUGUAUGGAAGCAGCCUGCGCAAGGACCAGACCAAGAUGCACAUUCUGCACCGUGGCGGCCUUCUGCAACCAGAGCCGGCACACGAUGCACUCUUCUCGUCAGCCCAUCUUGCGGCAGCGGCGCAGGUGCCCACCAGUACACAGGCCGGCGCCUCCUAUCCGGCUGACCUGCAGCUUCUUGCCAAGACGGCCCGGGUACGCAACUGGGCUCUGCGGUUCGUUAUCGUCGAUCCUGUCGGUGUAUGUGACCAUGGUGACGAGGGCGAUGAUAGUAGCGCGAACCUGGGUCCGGCUGGGGAUAAAGGGCCUCGGCCACAGCAACGGCUGGCAUGGAUGAUGCCGCCCGCCGAUACGCAGUAA